CAGGAAAAGAACGAAUUAUAUAUGGAAUUUUUUUUUACCAUUAAUUCCAAGAGGUAGAGAACAGCUGAAUUGGGAUGCACGGAUGAACAUUAUACUUGGAAUCGCCAGAGGUCUUUUCUAUCUCCAUCGUGACUCAUCUUUAAGAGUAAUACAUAGAGAUUUAAAGGCCAGCAACAUUCUUUUGGAUGAGAAGAUGAAUCCAAAAAUAUCAGAUUUCGGUUUGGCUCGUAUUUUCCAGGAAACAGUAGAUAUGGCAAACACUCAAAGAGUUGUUGGAACUUUAGGCUACAUGUCUCCUGAAUAUGCCAUGAGCGGAGUCUUCUCAGAAAAAUCAGAUGUUUUUAGCUUUGGUGUCUUGAUCAUAGAGAUAGUGAGCGGCAAGAAGAACUCUAACUUCCAUUAUUAUGAGCAGAACCUCAGCCUUGUUGCUUAUGCAUGGCAAUUAUGGAGUGAGGGUAAAGGAGUGGAGUUUGUAGAUGAAGCAAUGGGUGGCUCAUAUGUUGCAUUAGAAGCAAUAAGAUGCAUACAUGUUGGGCUGUUAUGCGUACAAGAUCACACCACAGAUAGACCAAGCAUGCAUGGCAGAUGUAAUUUUCAUGCUCAGCAAUGAAACAAAUCGUCCUCAACCCAUUCGACCAAUAUUUACUUAUCAUAACUCUCCCAGAUCGC